UUUGUUAAUCAUUGUCACGCACUUUUAUGAUAGUCUCUUAAUUUUCUCAGUGAAUGUCAAAUGAAUGUCAAUCAUCAAACAAACUUUACAGGAGUUUGAUAUGCCAUCAUUUGUUGUUUCUCAGAAAGAGAUGGCGUGGAGAGCCCUGGCAGCAUUGUCCCUGCUGCUGUGUUUCAGCUCAUCUUGCUGUGAUGAUACUCAAGAUCAUUUCUUGUCUGAAACAGUCAUCAACAAUGUCGUUCAGGACCCUCAAACUGGACGAAUUUAUGUGGGUGCCAUUAAUAACAUCUAUCAGCUCAGCUAUAAACUACAGCUGGAGAGCAGUGCUGUAACAGGCCCUAAGAAGGACAACCCACACUGCACUCCACCAAUCACUGCACGUUGCACUGAUGCAAAGGAUAUGGACAACAUCAACAAACUCCUGCUGGUAAACUCCGCCAACGGCACCUUGAUUGUUUGUGGAAGCCUUUUCAGGGGCAUCUGCUCUUUGUUAAACCUCAACAGCGUGGACAAACAGGUGUACUACAGUGACACUAAAGAGGAGAAGACAUACGUAGCCAGCACAGAGGAGUCUGUUACCGUUGUGGGAGUUAUUUCUUAUUUUAUUGAAGAUAAUAAUAAUAAUGCAAACCUCAGCGUAUUUCUUGUAGGGAAGGGCUAUGGUAGCUCAGACAGUUCGAAACUCAUUAGCACCCGAUUGCUGCAGGAGUAUGGAGAAAUGGAUGUCUUUGAGAACAUGGUUGAUGCUUCCACUGUGCAAGCUAGUCCUUUUGUCCAGCGUUACCUCCACGACUUUCGUCAUGCUUUCAGAGGCAAUGGCUACAUCUACUUCUUGUUUUCACGCACUCUAGGCACCAGCGACAAUAGAAAGAUCACAUUUAUAGCACGUCUAUGUGAGAAUGACCAUUAUUACUAUUCUUACACCGAGCUCCAGCUCAACUGCUCCAUCAAAACUGAACAACAGGAAUACACAUACAACAAGGUUCAAGCAGCAUAUCUGGCCAGACCAGGAGAAGUUUUGGCUAGGGAGAUCAUCCCUUCAAAUCUCAACGAUAAAGUUCUGUUUGCUGUGUUCAGCGCGGAUGAGGAUGGUGGCCGUUCUGCCUUGUGCAUGUAUCCGCUCAGCAGCAUUAAUGCCAGGCUUGAGGAGGUGAUUGAGUCUUGCUACAUGGGAGAAGUUCUGGUGGGUUUACCCUACAUCUCCAAUUCUGAAGCCAUCUGCAAGACCAAAAUAAACAAGGAAAUGGUGAAGGCAUUUAAGUGCGGUGCAGAGUUCCUUCCAUCUCCACUAGCCAGUAAACCUGAGUACGCUCUGGCUGUCAAACCCAUCUACACCCGAAAUGACAUAAUGACAGCUGUAGCUGUGGCAGUGGAGAAUGAGCACACUGUGGCAUUUUUGGGAACCAGUGGAGCAGAUGUCUUAAAGGUGCAUCUUGACCCCAGCCACCCUGACCUUUAUAACAAGAUUCCAGGGGAACACACAGACGGUGGGGUGAACAAAAACCUCUUUUUUAAUUCAGCUUUGGAUCAUUUGUACAUCACCACUGGAAGAAAGAUCACCAAAGUCCCAGUGCAGGCCUGUGAGCAGAAGAAUGAUUGUCAAUCAUGCAUCUCCCAACGGGACCCAUAUUGUGGCUGGUGUGUGUUGGAGGGCAGUUGUACUAGGAAAAAGGAUUGUGACAAAGGAGAAGGAAAGUUCGCCUGGUUGUGGAGUCCAAAUCAAACAUGUGUAUCUAUUAAGUCCUUUGAGCCCCCCAACAUGAGCUGGAAGAAAACAUAUAAUUCACAGGUGAUGAUUGACAUCCCCUCCCUCCCCAGUAUCAGCAAUCCUGCUAGAUUUACAUGUGUAUUUGGUGACUAUUGUAGUCAGGCAACGAUGGAAAAUACACGGUUCAUCUGUGAUCUCCCGCUCUUUGAGUACAUACCACCCAUACCUGAGACACAAGAUUUUGUGGCAGUGCCAGUGAUGAUCAUGAUGAAUGAUGGAUUUGAAUUGGCAUUUGGUGCAUUUGAGUUCUACAACUGUGCAGACGUGGUGAAGAGAUUGGAAAACACACUAUGCAUUGCAUGUGUGACCAGUAAGUGGGGCUGCCAGUGGAACAUUCAGGAUCACACAUGCAGUGAUAGAGAUGACACUGUCAAGGGUGAUCAUAUCAUACAACACAUGGAGGAUGAUAGCUGUCCACAGUUUGAGAUCCCAGAACCUCUUCUUAUUCCUGUUGGAAUUAAAACCCCCAUCCAAUUUCAGGGCAAAAAUCUGGAUAAAUAUUUGGGCAGUACCUUUCAGAUCGGCACUGAGCUCAUGAAACAGGUGGGCGAGGUGACUGUGGUGGCUGAUGGGUCAAAGUACAGAUUUGAGGGAUAUGAGUUUGAAUAUGACAAAGAGCCAGAGGUGAAUGUGACAUUCUACAUAAAGGAUAAAAGCACGGACAGGAAGAUUGACAGCACCCUCAGAGUGGUGCUCUACAGCUGCUCUGUUAGACGUGAGGACUGCAGUUUGUGUAAGAAUGCUGAUCAGAAGUAUAACUGCGUGUGGUGCAGCACAACAAAAACCUGCAUCUACAGAGACCUGUGCACACAGGAGGAGGGACAGUGUCCUCCUCCAAAGAUCACUGACGUUGUUCCUCAGGAAGGGACGAUAAAGGGACAGAUAUCUGGCACAACAAAAGGCACUAACUUGGGCAUCAAGCAGGAGGACAUUCAGAGAAUCACUGUAGCUGAAGUGCCUUGUACUCAUUCGCCAAAAAGAUACUCAUUCUCUAGGUACUGCAUGAGAGAUUAAGGAUUUUUUGUAGCAACAGCUGUGUGUGUGUGAUACUUCUUAAAUUUGUGAUAUUCUUUUUCAUGUAUUAUCUUUUAUUGUUUUAUCAGUUUUUUAUUAUGUUUAAUCAUAAUUCUUUAUAAAAAUUCAUACUCAUUUAAUUGAUUCAAUUAUUGAUCAUUCAUUCUUGUUAUAUUAUUUCAAACUAGUUUUACAUUAUGGUUUAGUUUUAUGUUUUAUGCUGUGUUG